AUGAAUUUUACGUGGCUAGUACAACAGCUGUCGUUUGCAAUCAUCUCGUGUCAAAAAUUGUACGAGGAUACGAAAAUGAGCGUUUUUCGUUUUGUUGCUGAAGACAGCUGGAUUAUGCGAAUGGUGUUCAAUCACAUGGGCUAUGUGUUUUUCGGUGUACCAAUUGCUGUUCUUUUUCUCAUUUCAAAACAAUCAACAGAUACAAUAUGGCCACGACCGGUUCGCUGGUUUGUUGUUCCGUUGAUCCGUCUCUUCAUUGUAGACCAAUCAUUACUAGAUCUGAAUGUUAAAGAAGCUCCACCAGUUGUACCUCCGCCAAUCCCGUCAUCGCAAUCGAAAUUUACUCGUUAUCGUAUUUUGAAGUUGAUUUUUUCGUUUUUUGGCCUUCAAAUGUCCUACCUUCUAUGGGGUUUAUUACAGGAACGUAUUAUGACUCGAACAUAUGGGGAUGAAAAAUUUACAAACUCGCAAUAUCUUGUCUUUGGGAAUCGAUGUCUCGCAACUAUGAUCGCAUAUAUGUCACUACGCAUUUUUUAUCCGACCAAGAAACUUUCAUCGAUAGGUCCACCUCUGUACAAAUUUGGUAUCAUUUCCUACGCAAAUUGUAUGUCAACUUGGUUUCAAUAUGAAAGUCUGUUGUUCAUUAGUUUUCCUGUCCAAGUCUUAGCAAAAAGUAUCAAGACAAUACCGGUGAUGAUCGCUGGCAAAUUUGUCUCGGGAAAAACCUAUCCUGCACGACAGUAUCUUCUAAUGUUAUUAAUGGCCGCUGGUAUUGCACUGUUUUUUACCGGUUAUUAUGAAAAUAAUUCCGAUGGUUUACCAACAAAGAAAACAAAACAGAAUAGUACAACAUUCAACGGUAUUAUUUUAUUAGUUUGUUACUUAAUAUUUGACGCAUUUACUUCGAAUUAUCAAAAGUUAUUUUUUGGAAAAUUAAAUAAAUUCAGCAUGCCUUUACAGACGGAUACCAAAAGCGAAACUAAUGAACAAAUCGAUUCUAACAUCCAGUAUAACGAUAACUCGAGUAAAUCUCAUGUUGGUGCAAAUAUUGUUUUGAUCGGAGCACCUGGUAGCGGCAAGGGUACACAGAGUGCAAGAUUAGCCGAUCGUUAUCAGAUCUGUCGUUUAUCAACAGGAGAUCUGUUGCGUCAUGCAGCCGAAGAUCGAACGUCGACUGAAGGUGAAAAAGUUCGACACAUCAUUGAAUCAGGUGGUCUCGUCGACGAUGAAACAGUAAUGUCAUUAAUUGAUAAAAAUUUGAACAAAGCAGAAUGUCGUCAUGGUGCGCUAUUCGAUGGUUUUCCUCGAACGAUCAAACAAGGUGAACAAUUAGAACAAUUACUUGAGUCUAAACAGCAACGACUUGAUGCUGUACUCGAAUAUGAUAUCGACGAUAAUCUAUUAAAAAGUCGUAUACUUGGCCGUCUCGUUCACAAACCAUCAGGUCGAACUUAUCACGAAGAAUUUCAUCCGCCAAAGAAUCUAAUGAAAGAUGAUCUUACCGGUGAACCACUCACGCGUCGUUCUGAUGAUACAAUGGAAACACUUGAUGCUAGAUUAAACACGUAUCAUAAGCAGACGAUACCUCUAAUUGAAUUUUACCGUCACCGAAAUCUUCAUCGUGUAAUCGAUGCUGCUCAAAAAGUCAGUGAAGUUUCCAAACAGUCGUUUGCCAUAGUUGAUCAACUACGUCAACAACAGAAAUUAGCUCCUGUCCGAUCAUCAGAUGACAAUGUAGAGAAAAUUGUCCAUGACGAUGUAAUUCCGGCGAAAAUUAAAUCAUUAACAAGUCCAUUGGAUAUAAACGCUAAUCGCUCGAAUAGCAAUUUUCUCACCAUAUAUAAUUCGGUGACAUACGUCCUACGCGAGCGUGGCAUCAUCUAA